GGACGAACCACGGGGGAUCUUCGGGCCCCCGCCUGAGGCCUAAGCCAUCACCCCACAGCCUUUCCCCGGCCACCGCAGCCCCGCGGCGAGGCAGCCAGGGCCCCGCGUGGCACGGCCCGCCGGCCCGGACGGGCGGGACUACAGGGCCCAGGCUGCCGCGGGCGGCAGGGGCGGUGCCGCCGCCGUGCGCCGCUGCCGUGCCCGGCCUCGGCCCGCCCGCCGCGCCGUGAGCAUGGCCGGCUUCGCCGACCUCAACCUGCCGCAGGGAACGGACAAGAAGUCCCUGCAGAGCCUGCUGGAGGCCGCGGCGCACCUGGGGUAUUCUGCAGUUGCACUCAAUCAUGUCAUCGACUUUAAAGAAAAGAAACAGGAAAUCAUCAAGCCAGUAUCCCCUUCAGAGUUGUUUCCAUCUUUACCUAUUGUACAAGGGACAUCUAAAAGAAUUAGAGUGUUGACCCGGCUAACACUUGUUGUUUCUGAUCCUUCCCACUGUAAUCUCUUGAGGUCAACAUCUGCAAAUAUAAGGUUAUAUGACAUCAUAGCAGUAUUUCCAAAAACUGAGAAACUGUUCCAUAUUGCUUGCACAACACUAGAUGUGGAUCUGGUCUGCAUCAAUGUAACAGAAAAGCUGCCGUUCUACUUCCGAAGGCCCCCUGUGAAUAUGGCAAUAGAUCGAGGCAUUUACUUUGAACUUCUUUACACGCCUGCCAUCAAAGACUCUACUAUGAGAAGAUACACAAUUUCAAAUGCCAUCAGCCUGAUGCAGAUCUGCAAAGGAAAGAACAUAAUUAUAUCUAGUGCAGCUGAAAGGCCUCUAGAGCUCCGAGGUCCUUACGAUGUGGCUAAUCUAGGUUUGCUGUUUGGCCUGUCAGAAGGCGAAGCAAAGGCAGCUGUGUCCACCAACUGCAGAGCCACCAUGCUGCAUGGAGAAACUCGAAAGAGUGCCUGUGGCGUCGUGUACACGGUGAAGAAGCCUCGCAAGGUUGAGGAGGAAGAAACAGCAGUGCCAGCCUGCAAAAAAGCUAAGACUCAAGCUUGAGGACUGAACAAGCUGUCAACAGAAGCCUCCAUCUCUUCUUUACCCAGGGUUGAGUCUUCCUCCAACCUCCAGCCAACCUAAUUUUUCCUUUACUACCUUGCUUAGCCUGCAGAUGAAUUAUUUUUCCAGCAUUCAAGUGAGGAAAACUCUGUGAAUGAGACUGCUGAACAGUAUUCACCACAUCUCAUAGGUCAUGCUGGGCUUCUGGCCAAGGGCAGGAGACUGACUCUUCACCCUGCCUUAGGUUUCCUGGAGUUAAUGCAAACUCAACAGAACAUUUCUAACAUGGACAUUUUCACUUGUACACGUGCAUUCCUUUUUUAUUAAAAACAUUUCUAAGAGCACA